AUGAAUAAGAGGCUAAUACUGGAGAUCAGCGUGUACCCCUCCCCUUUCCCGCCGGAGCUCUCUUCCGCCCAGAUCCGUUACUCUAUCCCAGAGGAACUGACCCGAGGUGCCUUUGUGGGAAAUAUUGCUAAGGAUCUAGGGACAAAUGUGGCAAAACUCGCGGCUGCUAAUCUGCAGGUUCUUUCCGAUUCUGAUUCCCAGUAUUUCUCUGUGAAUGUGAACACUGGGAUUAUAGUGGUCAAUGACAGAAUCGACAGAGAGUGGCUCUGCGGGCAGAACUCGCGGUGCUUCUUGCAUCUCAAACUCGCUAUCGAAAAUCCAGUGGAGUUCUACCGCAUUGAAGUGGAAAUAUUGGAUAUAAAUGAUAAUCCUCCUGAAUUCCCGAGCAGCGAGAUCGCUUUACAGAUCUAUGAACUGGCCUCUCUGGGCGCCCGCUUUCCUAUCCAUCAGGCGCAGGACCCGGACGUGGGCUCUAACGCUUUGCAGACCUACCACCUCAGCGCCAAUGAGAAUUUCAAUCUCAACGUGAAGGCACGUACAGAUGGCAGCAAAUUCCCGGAGCUGGUGCUGGAAAGAGCGCUGGACAGGGAGCACAGAGCUGUCCACCAUUUGGUCCUGACAGCUGAGGAUGGCGGCUCUCCCCCCAGGUCCAGCAAAACACGAAUUGCUGUCCAGGUUCUAGACGCCAAUGAUAACCAUCCAGUGUUCGAUAAACCUUCCUACCAAGCUCGUUUGGUGGAAAACUCUCCCUCGGGCACGCUAGUCAUUAAACUGAAUGCCACAGACGUGGACGCAGGACCUAACGGAGACGUACGCUAUUCCCUGGGCAGCCACAACUCGGAAGCCUUGCGCAGGAUAUUUGCAAUAGACGAUCAAACGGGAGAAAUCCGAGUUCAGGGGAACCUAGAUUUUGAAGAAGCGUCUGUCUACGAGAUUGAAGUUGAGGCCAAGGAUAUGGGCUCUCCCACGAUGGAGGAGCAUUGCAGCGUCACUGUAGAGGUCACGGAUGUGAAUGACAAUCCUCCAGAGGUGGUCCUCACCUCCUUCUCCAGCUCCUUGAGUGAAGAUGCCCCUCCCGGGACUGUGGUCGCUGUGAUACACGUGAAAGACAGAGACUCCGGGGAGCAUGGGAAAGUCCAGUGCCAUCUACCCAGAAGCCUUCCCUUCAAACUUCGGAAAGACUUUGAGCACCAGUAUUCCCUGCUCACCAGCCAAGGGCUGGACCGCGAGAGCGUCUCCCAGUACAAUGUCACCAUCUUCGCCUCUGACCUGGGAAGCCCCCCUCUCUCACGACACACAGUUCUCUCCAUCACGCUUGCAGACAUCAAUGACAACACACCACAGUUUGAGAGAACUUCCUAUGAAGUCGUCGUGAAAGAGAACAACCAGGUGGGGGAAAUACUGGUCACGGUAUCCGCAACCGAUCCUGAUUUGGACCAGUAUUCGCGCCUUUCCUAUUCUGUUCUGAGCAGCCCGGGGAAAGGUCCCACUGCGGAUCCCUCCGCAUACAUCUCCAUAAACCCAACAAGUGGGCAGGUUUCCGCGAAGCUGCCUUUUGAUUACGAGCAAACCACGUAUUUCCAGUUCCAGGUGGAAGCCUCAGAUGGCGGCUCUCCAGCUCUCAGCAGCAGGACAGUGGUCCACGUAUUCGUCACAGACCAAAAUGACAACGCCCCAGGGAUCCAGUUCCCUUUGACCGGGAAGGACUCAGUAGUCCUGUUCAGGAUUCCCCGAUCUACCAGCCCCCAAGCCUUAAUAACGAAGAUCAUAGCGGUGGACCUAGACUCUGGACGAAAUGCAUGGCUCGCCUACCAUUUAAUGCAGGCAACCGAUCCCAGUCUCUUCGUGGUGGCCCUGCGCUCCGGAGAAAUCCGGACCACUCGAGCCCUCCAGGAGCAGGAUGCUGCCACGCAGGAACUCUUCUUGGUAGUCAAAGACUCAGGCGAGCCGCCCAUGUCCACCUCCGUCACCGUGUUGGUGUUGCUGGAGGAGAAUGCCCCCGAAGCCUUCCUGGGGUUAAAGGCUCAGGCGGCGGAAAGUGAGAGCGUCCCCAGGUUAACACUGUAUUUAAUCAUUUCAUUAGCAACAAUCUCAGCGUUGUCAUUGGCUGCUUUGGUGGGGCUGGGUGUCCGGUGUGUCAGGGGAGAUGCACGUGCUGCGGUUGGCUGCUGUGUGAAAGCGGACACGCUCCGGGUGUCCCCAAACCCCUUGCUCGGACACGUACAGUACCAGCCCACCCUGGGGGACGGCACGAUCGACGUGCAGGUGACCGCCACGGCCCCUCCUGCCCGGGGGUAUAGAUCCUGCUUCUCUCCAGUCUCGGACAUCAGCGAGUUCAUGUUCAUGAAACCCUCUGUGAGCCUCGGAAACAGCUCGGGCAACAGCCCGCCUGAUCGCAGCUUCUCCACUGAGGUGAGCUCCCUGAACGUGCCAUGGCAGUGUCCCCAGCUGACCCCGCCGUGUGACCUGCAGCGUGUCUGGCUGGGUCGGCUGGGUCGGUGUGUUCCAAAGGCACGAGACGUGCUAUAG